GUCAGCUGGUUGUGACGUUGCAGGCAGCAGCAGGUAUGGACGCUCCGUUGUGUUAUUUCUUGAUUUUGUUGUGAUUGCUGGAGCUCGCAGUCUCAUGCCACGGCGUCUGUCUAAACCGAAGCGGGUUCUUGUGCAGCUCCGGGUCUGAACCCUCUCCGUGACGCCCUGGGAAGAUGUCUGCGGCCGAACAUGACUUCAGUCAGCUCAAUAAGUUUGAGAAACUGUCGUGGAGGCCCUCCAUCCGCGACUCAGGCUCCAAGAAGCGUGUACGAUGGCUUCAGGCUCGACGCAUCUUCUCCCCUUCCUGCCCCAACCUGCGGAUUCCCAACAGGUUUCUGAGAGAAGGACACUGUGUACCCCCCGCUCGGAGCGGACACCGCUGUGUGGCGGACAGCACCAACCUGUAUGUGUUUGGUGGCUACAACCCAGACUUUGAGGAGGCAGGCGGGUCGGAGAAUGAAGAUUACCCUCUUUUCAGGGAGCUUUGGCGGUUUCAUUUUGCCACAGCGACCUGGCAGCAGGUCCGCACAGAGGGUUACAUGCCCACAGAGCUGGCCUCCAUGUCAGCUGUUUUUCACGGCAACAACCUUCUUGUGUUUGGUGGAACUGGGAUUCCAUUUGGUGAAAACAACGGUAAUGACGUCCAUGUUUGCAACGUUCAAUACAAACGAUGGAACCUGCUCAACUGCAGAGGGAAGAAACCCAACAAGAUCUACGGACAGGCGAUGGCCAUUAUAAAUGGCUACCUCUAUGUGUUCGGAGGGACAACAGGCUACCUUUACAGCACCGACCUGCACAGGCUGGACCUCACCACCAGGGAGUGGACCCACCUCAAACCCAACAACACACCCACAGAUCUACCUGAGGAGAGGUACAGACAUGAACUCGCUCAUGAUGAACAAAGAAUAUACAUUUUGGGAGGUGGGACUUCAUGGACCUCAUAUCCCCUGGACAAGAUUCAUGCUUAUAACUUGGAGACAAAUUACUGGGAGGAAAUAGUCACCAAACCUCAUGAAAAAAUAGGAUAUCCAGCUGCCCGCCGGUGUCACAGCUGUGUGCAGGUCAAAGAUGAGGUGUUUAUAUGUGGCGGUUAUAACGGAGAGAUGAUCCUGCCCGACCUGUGGAAAAUCAACCUGCAGACUUUUCAGUGGACCAAGCUGCCUGCCGUCAUGCCAGAACCAGCCUACUUUCACUGUGCUGCAGUCACUCCGGCUGGCUGCAUGUAUGUCCACGGCGGUGUCGUCAACAUGUCUGGGAACCGAAGGACUGGCUCUUUGUACAAGGUGUGGUUGGUGGUUCCCAGCCUGCUGGAACUGACCUGGGAGAAACUGCUGAAAACGUUCCCUCACGUAGCCCAGCUGUCCACCCUUCAGCUGCUCAGCCUGGGACUGACACACACACUAAUCCAGAGGCUGAAAUAGACGAAGCACCGAAGGCAGCGGUACGUGACGGAACAGCACUGACUCUAAAUCGCUGAUAACGAGGCCAAACAUUUCUUCAUCUUAAUGAAAAAUGAUGUCAGAUGGUUCUGAAAAAAAAACUUUGAAUGCCUUCUAAAUUUAUAUAAAUGUGUGUUUGUUUUUUUUAAAUGGAAAGUGCAAUUUUUUGAGUUCCUUUGUGUGUAAAUGUGUCAGAUUUGCAUACAUCCAUUAGAAGCCAUGCAUCAGUGUGGAGACGAGAAUCACUAUAUGCUGAUUUCCUUUGCUCAUCAUUUAUAUAAUUCACUCCUCAGUUACUUUCCCACAUGUCACCAACACUUGUGAUGAGCUUGCGAGGGAAUGGCUAAACGUUGCGUACACCAUUUCUUGAAAAAAGCAGAAUGAAUGUUCCUUCUUGUGGUGUAAUUUUUUUUUUAGCUUCCUGUCAUAGGCUGAGAUCGGCUCCUUUCACUAUUGCUGACAUGACAACACGUCGCACACUGCUGUCAUCUUUUGACACAUGUUCAGUCAGCUGCUGCUACGCCCACUGUGACAUAGAUAAGGUCAGAAAUUACAGGUGAAAUCUGUGACCAUGUGUCUUGAAAGACCAAUUAAAUAGUUGCGAGAUUCUCGGAAAAGAGGCACACUGCUGAUACAUUAUAACUGUGAUACCUCUUAACAGUUUAGUUAGGUCAAUUAUUUAAGGGAUCAUGUUUUAGCCUCAAGGACUCUCUGAUUGCAUGCUGAUAUCAGGCUGCGAUUUUUAACUCCACGCUUCAAAUUGAAAAAUGUUCCCCUCACUGGUCACAUUAGGCCUUGUGAUCUGAUAAAAACCUCUAAAAGCUUGUUAAAACAUCUGUGACAUGGCAUCACUGUGAAUUUUCUAGUGCCUCUUCCAUUUUUCUUCUUCUUUUUCUUUUUUUGACUGAAGCUCACUUAGUUAGGAAUGAAUUUACACACCUGUAGCUCCACAGCGACGCUUGAGCCUUCAUUGGGUGCCUUCCGAAUUCCCCCAAAAUGUCACACGUUGUUAUCAUAUCUCUGUAAUUCAUCUUUGAAAGUCUUAUUCAUUCAUGACUCUCUGGAUUCUCCAUGUGAUGUUCCCGGUGCUCUCCACAUGAGCCUUUUUGUUUCUGAUUUUUUUUUUUCUGCUCAUGAUUAAUCAGGAGGUGCCACUUGCAGCUAAAGAUUUUCCCAUAACUUUAAACCCACAGAGACAUUUUUUACUUAUUUAUUUUAAUCACUGUGCUGCUGUUUAGUUUUAUUACAAAACUUUAAAUUAUAGGUAAACAUGUAGCUACAUUUGUUUUUCCCGCCUGAUUUUUACUGUCAUUUCAUUUCUCACAUCAUGACUGAACUCCAUUUUAAUUUUUAUACUGUAACAUAGGCUUUAUUAUUUUACUGUUUUUAUUUUUAACUUUGUUUUUUUCGUGCCGUAGUGCUGUGGUACUUUGAAUAAUGAGCGGCAUGGGACUUUUUAAAUCAGUAACAAGGUACCGUAUGAAAGGCAAACUCAAGAUGUGAAAUACUGUGAUCUGAAAACAUUCAACAUCGUCAAAAUGUCAGGAGUAUCAGUCAUUUUUGUGAAACUAGAUUUUGGUACAACUAGAUGAUUUUGAUGAAAUCAAAUCUAUUGUUAUUACUGUGGACUGUAAACCUCUAACACUGUAGUACUGCUCCCAGCUGCUUCAAUCAAGUCACACGCCUUUAAUUUUUUUCCACCAAUUUCGUUAGCCUCUAUCUUGAAUUUGCACGUUGUGUAUCUCGACAGCAUUUUAUUUCACACAUUUGUUGCAGCCGUGUUGGUACAAUAUUAAGCUAAACUCCAUGUUUCAUGAUGUACAACGAUGCCCAUUUUCACAUUCAAAACCUUGCUUCACAUACUUGUCCUUAGUUUGACAUGUUACGGCCUUAUUUAUGUGGUCUUGUGAAGAAGGUCUACUUCACUACGCUCGGAUUUGGUAAAUGUACUGCCUUGCUUAAAACCGAGAUGUUUAUAUUUGCAUUAUCUUCGAUGUUAAUGAAAGUUAAAUGAUCUCUUCUGCAUGUCAGUACGGUGUGCAUGUCACUUCACAUGAACUCUUAGGAGAAAAGGUGAAUGUCUCCUCAAAGGCAGUUAUGACUGUAAUGUACAUUAUGUUUUGUAAUUCCUGUCUGUACAAACAAUAAAAACACAGGCAGUCGGUUUUUUUCAAAA